AUGUCUAUGGGGAUAAUAAUACUAACUCUAGCUCUUUGUUGGCUCGUGUUGGUGAAAGCUGGACCUCAAGAGGACAGCCUAAGGGAGCACAAUCGUUUGAGGAGAAUUCACGGUAGUCCUCCGCUGACCUUGGACGCCUCACUCUCCAGGGGAGCUGAACAAUAUGCGAUGGUUUGA